AUGGAUCGCGCUUUAGAGUCUCCUCGCUUUCCGCUGUCAGGUGGACAAGAUCGCAGUCAAUUAUUAUUCAAACGAGUGACCACCGUGCAGAGUUUUCGCCAAGAUAUUAGCUGUCGUCGAAACAAGGACAUUUCGGAAAUGCUGUCGCCCAACGGAAUCCCAGUACCGUUAUAUCCGGGCGAGACCAUCCAGCAGUACACGCACAAAUUCGAGCGGUGGCUGAUCCAACGAGGUGAAAGUUUGGUUAAACUGCGGAAUGAUCCGAGUCGGGAGCGGAACUUUUGGUUUUCAUUUGCGUACCAGAGAGCACAGCAGGUUCCCGAGAAAAAGAGAAGCAUUCCAAAUAAUGCAGACAUCGCUUGCUAUGAUGCUGAGAGUAAAAGGUUGCGACUUGAGGAACAUCUACAUGUGACUACAAGUCGAAGUGAGUUGGCAACUGAAGAGCUGGGUGGCAACAUCUCGCUAUCGACUGGAGUUUCUUCACAAGGACCGAUUAAAGAUGAACCUUACGAUGGAUUAGGUAGUUCAGGGAGUCAAGUUGGUCCAAUUGUGCCUCAAAGAAGCAGAAAAGAAGUGUUGGCGAAGCGUGUACUCACCCAAGAGGAAUAUUUGGGGGAAAUCUUGGAGCGCAGACAGAAUCUGUCACCUUACGAGCCACCAGCGAAACUAAGGAAAAUACCAGUACCUUUGUAUCCGGGGGAAACGUUCCAAGACUACGAGAAAGAAUUUCGCUGCUGGCUGUACAAGCACCAUCAAUCUAUUAAAUCUCUACGCUCUCAGCCGUUGAAAGAGCGUGGCUUCCGCUGUCAAUUCGCUCUAGAUAAAGUAACUACAAGGUCAGCUGGAUGUCACGGCAGGCUAGACGCUACAACAGUAUCACCACGACAGCCCACCGCGAAUCGUGAAGCUGCUGCAGUCGAACACUGUCAUUUUUCACAGAUUAGCCACAAUAUGGAGUCUAGAAGAAUUGAGACCAAGCACAGUAUCAUCCAUUGUGAAUCCGAGAUACGAGCGAAUAGCACGACUGAUUCAAAAGAGUCACUGCCUAAGGCAUCAGAAGAAUCGCGGCGCAAAGAAACUGGUGACGUGGAUUUAGUUCCAGCCGAUAGCGAAACCUUUUCUAGCCAACCGAGCGAUUCAGAUCUUGAGCCUGGCAGCGCUGAAGUACACAGGCAAGUGUCGUGCACACGGACGUUAUUGUCGGAUUCGCUUCCAAGAUGGGCGGAGUUGAUCAUUGAUCGUGUGGGAAAACUUGAAAGACAAGUCACUAUUCUUCAACAAGAAUUUCGCAAUCUCCAAAUUGCACAAAGUGACUCGUAUGAUGAUGCAUCAUGUGCUAAACCGCGUGAUGGUGUGGAGUGUGAAGCUAAAAGUUUUUUGCCAGAUCGUAUUGAGUCCGUUGGCAAAGAAGCCGAUGAGAAGAAAGGUAUACUUGACGUGGGUCUUACUCAGAACUUCACUCACGAACCCAAUGAUCCUCACGGCGAUCUAGCAUCCACUAGUCAUUUUCAAACGAAAGAUAACUCCAAGAUGAGACGGCUGACUAAGGCGUAUUGCUUCCUGGCGAAUAAAGUCACGGCAAGUGAGACGGCAAUCGACGAGGCACUCGCGUAUCUUAAAGAAAGCAGAGAAGCUGGCGAUUUUCAGGCUAUUGAGAAGCGAAACGAGAUUAUGAAACUGGUCGUCUCGAUCAACCAGGAGAAGCGCAAACGAUCAAGUGCAUUAGUGGAUUUACUUGUCAAUGAAUGGUGCGGAGAGGAGGAGACAUUGAUUUCGAUGUUACAAGAAGAUUUAUCAACGACGCACAAGAGCAAUGCCAAACACGAUAAACUGGUGGAGAUAUCGUUGCGCCUCGAGAGAAAAUUUACAGACUUGGACAAAUUGGAGGCGCAGUUUAGUGAACAAGUUCAGUUGGUGAAUACUUUGCCUCCUUCCGUCACGGAAGCUGGUAAAUCUCUCAGACUGAAGAAAUUGAGGGAAGUGUCUGGUAAGAUAUUGGAAGAGCAAACUGAAAGAGAUUUGCUGAAGGAAAAUCAACGGGAUGUCUUGCUGUGCUUUAUGCGAGGGGAUGACGAAAUCCGAAAGCUGAUGAUGGAGGUUUUGCUCCAAAUCCAACGUCACGAGGCUUGA